UAUAUACUACUAUGUAGGUGCACAAUUACUUUUUUUUUUCAUGAUAUGUAUGAAUUACAUUUACUCCUUAAAAUAUUCAUUACUCUAUUUACUUUCCUAUUGGUCUCCACUUGUCAUUUUAUCCCACUUCAUCUCAUCUCAAUUUCAAAUACAUUUGCCCCCAUCACUAUAAGAAUCCUCAUUCCGUUACAUACCACAUUUCUACACAUUCAAAACAUAAUGGAACAACAUUUACACGAAAAUACAUUAGCCAAAAACCAAGAAUCCGAAUUCCAAAACGACGACGUUGAAGCUCUAUCUCUAUGUGAUCUUGCCACCAACGAACCCGAUGAUCCACAACAACAGUUGUUCGACGAGCCCGAAGUUGAUUUCUCUUUCGGCUGCGGCUCAAGCUCAAGCUCAAGCCAGCCAGAAAAUAAUAUGUGCAGCGCGGAUGAGCUGUUUUUCGGUGGUCGAAUUCUUCCGUUACGCCACUCAGUCACUUUACCCUCUCGGUUCAUGACCCGACCUGAUGAAUUCAUAUUCAUCAGGUCCAUAUCCGUUUCAAUAUCCGAACCCGUUAGUGUUGCUACGAGCAGAAGCAGCAGUGCUCGUAGCAGCACGUCACUAUCCGAAUUCAAUGGGUACCGAACCCGAAACCAGUUCCAUUCUCACCCAAGUCCCACACCACAUAUCCGAACCCGUAUCCGAAAUUUCAGUAAUUCGAACAAAUCAUCGUCGAAAUGGCGGUUUUUGCAGUUGGGUCCGUUAAAGCCGCAAGAGAUCGGGUUGGCGGAUCUGAAGAACAGGAGCUUGAGAAGCAAUGGGAGUGGUAGGAUGAUGAAGAAUGAAGAUGAGAAGAAGAAACAUGUGUUGUCGUGUAAAUGCAGUGCAGAAGAUGUGAUUGAAAGUACGGUUUCUUCGAGGAUUUCGAUGGUCAACGAAAGGAGUUUGAAUGAAGAGGAGACAAAGACAAGGUCGAAGGAAAGUAACGUUGGACGGAGGAAACAUGUCGUGUCACUGUCAGGUCAUCAUCGGACAUCUGAAUGGUUGAAGCAGCUUUUUGUUCAAAAAAAAUGAUCAACUUUAGUUUGUAACGGGGAAUAAUUACCAAAGCUAACAUAUUUAUCAAUAAUUUUUUUAGAAU